UACGCUUUAUGCGGCCAACAGAAAACUCUCCCUACCAGCUGUACCUACCUAGGAAGGCAAUGGUGACCCUCGUUCUGAUCUUGAUGUCACAUUUGGUCUAAGCAUUUCACAAGAUACAAGAGCGAUUCACCUGAGCGCAUGGUCGCGAGAUGGAGAGCAUGAAGGACAAGACACCAGGUACGGGCGGGCAUCGAGGCUCGGGCUCGACAUCCUUUGCCGCCCUAGGGGCUGCCCUUAUCCCGACAGCCAUCACCGCUGUCAUAUUCCUGCUUGCCUUCCUGCUACUUCGACCCAGGUACAAGAACAUCUAUGCACCGCGGACAUAUUUUCGCACCAUUGAUCGCAAGGAUCGCACUCCGUCAUCAAGCCACAGUUCUGUAUCCUGGUACCACGACUUUCGAGCCCUCGACGACAAGUUCAUCUUGCGUCAUUCCUCGCUGGAGGCAUACCUCUUCCUACGCUACCUUCGCAUGCUUGUCCUUAUCUGUGUGGUUGGAUGUUGUUUGGCUUGGCCGGUCCUUUUCCCAAUAAAUGCUACCGGAGGCGGUGACUCGACUCAGUUGGACAAGAUUUCAUUCAGUAACGUCUACGAUCGCCGACGGUUGUACGCCCAUGCUGUGAUUGCCUGGGUCUUCUUCGCGUUUAUUGUCCUUCUUAUAACCCGCGAAAGACUUUUUGUGGUUGGUCUUCGUCAAGCAUACCAAACCACCCCUCUCAAUGCAACUAGAUUGUCGUCUCGAGUGGUGUUGUUUCUAUCCGUCCCCCCUGUAGGCCUCCGGGAGGAAAACUUACAACGAUUCUUCGGGAAAGAUGCUGUUAAGUCUUGGGUCGUAUCGAACUUGAGUCACCUUGAAAGCCUUGUUGGCAAGAGAAACAGCAAAGUCGACAGACUCGAAGGUCUAGAAUUGCAAUACAUACAAAAAGUCAACCUGAAAGGAGAUAACGUCCGGAACGGGCAUGACGGGACCGCCGUUGCCACUGGUGGACAGCAGCACCGACCCAAACAUCGAUCGCAAUACCUAGGCGGAGAUAAGAUUGCUAGCAUUUCUCAGCUACGAGAAGAGAUCACUGGCAUCGUUUCUGAUGUGGAUCGAGUGCGACAAGCUGACUCCAGCCGACCAGAAACCAGCAAAGGUGCCAUCUUUGUCGAAUUCAAAGACCAAGCCAGCGCUCACCAAGCAUUCCAACAAGUGCGACAUCCAUCACCUCUUUCACUGCAGCCCAAGUAUAUUGGUGUCCAGCCAAGAGAAAUAAUCUGGCAAAACCUGAACCUUGAUCCAUCACUACGAAUUGCCUAUUCGUACAUGGCAAUAGCUCUCGCCCUCGCCACUAUCAUCCUGUGGUCUAUACCCGUUGGCAUCAUUGGUACCAUUUCCAACAUAAACUACCUGACGGACAAAUUUCACUGGCUUCGCUUUAUCAACAAGCUCCCUGAACCAGUGUUGGGACUAUUGACGGGUCUGGUACCGCCACUGCUACUGAGUAGCGUGGUCUCCUACGUGCCAUAUUUCUUCAAAUAUGUGGCGACACUAUCUGGGCAGCCCACCAGCAUCGAAGUCAACAAAUGGGCUCAAACAUGGUAUUUCGUGUUUCAAGUCGUCCAGGUCUUCCUCAUCACAACCUUUUCAUCUGGGGCUGCUGCUGUAGCCAACAAGGUCGCUAAUGAGCCGACAAAAGUACCAACAUUACUCGCAAAAAACCUGCCGAAAGCAUCCAAUUUUUACCUGACAUACUUCAUCAUUCAGGGCCUGGGCACAGCGUCCAAGAACAUCAUCAAUUACUCCGAUCUUUUGUCGUACUUGUUCUUCUACCACGUCAUGAGCAAAACACCUCGACAAAAAUUCACUGCCUAUUCCCAGAUGAAAGGAAUCAGCUGGUUCAAUGUCUAUCCCAAAUUUACCAACCUCGCGGUGAUUGCGAUAGCAUAUUCAUGCAUUGCCCCUCUUGUUCUGGGAUUUGCUGCAAUCGGAAUAUUCCUUUUCUACUUGAGCUAUCGGUACAACCUGCUUUACGUUGUUCGAGUGAAGUCGGAGACGCGAGGCGAGAGCUAUACGAGGGCUCUUCAGCACUUGAUGACCGGAGUCUACCUGGCAGAACUCUGUUUGAUCGGUUUGUUCGGCAUCAAGAAAGCCACAGGGCCUUCGACUCUUGUGUCAUUACUCUUAGUUCUCACGGCUCUUUAUCAUUUGACCGUCAACAAAUACCUCACACCUCUUGAGACUUAUCUGCCAGUGGAUGUUUUGUUAGGCGAUGAUGAAGAAGAAGAGCCGCUUCUGGGUGCCGAGAGAGAUGUGACGCAGCGUUCUCGCGUCUACAAAGUCGGUGCCGGCAAGGUGCCACCUACGCUGCUCGACCCCCUGGCCGCCUUUCUAGAGCCGCAUAUCUUCGCCUCACAAGAAGCUCUCCGACCGUGGCUGUAUGAUCCCGAAGGGGAGUUCGAAGAGUCCAAUUCCUACACCGACGAACAACUGAAGAAUGCGUACUUGAACCCCGCAUUGACGUCAAAGACGCCUAAAGUCUGGAUUCCAAAAGACCCAAAGGGGGUUUCAAAACAGGAAGUCGAAGAGAACGAGAAAGCAGGGCUGCCGAGCACCGACGAAGGCGCGGAGCUGGGCCCAUCGAAUGAAAUAUUGUGGAACCAGACCGAUUUCACAACCGUGCCUAUCUUCAAGGAGGUAACAAGGUAUUAGCGUUGAGGGUGCGAUCGUUGCUGGUGCUAUUUCAAUAGGGUUCCUGUCUGUACCAUGCUGCCACGGCUCACCCUUAUCUUGCUAUCUAUUCCGCGGGAUAAUGUUCCAGCAUUGAUGGCAGUUCUUCCGGUCCUGCAAGGAGCAGAUGAGGACUGAAGAAGAACAGAUGCCAAAAUAGGAAAGGUGGACAUGCAGAGUGGUGGUGAUUUGGGUUAUCAGCCCGCCAACCCCAAGCCACAAAAACCCAGUUAAGCACAGUGCAUGCAUCAAGUUCGGUAAGUAUACGGCGACUUGCCAACCUCACCCUGCUUGCUCAGCCCGCACUGCCGCUCCGUCGCAAGCGCUUGCUGCAUUCGCAUACCGCGUUGGCCAGGCAUUCCGCUGACAACGCUACCGUCCAUAUGCACUGGCCAAUAUAUUCCGUUAUGGCGCUCACGGCCCCAGUCUUCCAACUCCCUGUACUUUUGUCGAUGCUUCGGUAGGAUCGUAUUCUCCUAUGGCUGGCUGGACCCCUGCCGUUUCUCUUUGCCCCCUUCCCUACGACGCGAACUCCCCUGGCUAAUACAGUUGAAAGCUGACGCAGAACCAGCCAAUUGUCGGACAGUACCAAGUAGUGACACUGCAUCACUCAGUCUCGGAUUGGGUGUUUUUCCAGCUCCGGAUAAGCCGGCCACACAGCCUCAUGGCUACCGCCAGAGCUCAUCUCGGUGGUUGCAACCACCUUUCAUCGUUACCGACCAGUAUACAGCAGCACCAGGGGUCAUGGUCUCAUUGAGACGGCAAGACCUUACCCUGAAAUGGCGCCCGUGAAUCAGACACAAAGUCAAAGUUUCGAGACAUAUAAGACACCGCUGGUGCUGGUCCCUCCUCACAAUUCCCACGAAAGAACGCAUUAUCGACGACUCCAGCACAAUACAUAGACCCUUAUCAAUCCACGUCCUAGACAGAGAGGCCGUCUUCUUCAAGCAGAAUGUCUUCAUCAGUCCGCCCGUCAAUCCUCAGCCGCCUCACACACAGCUCCUCCUCCAUCCGGUCCACCUCAUCCUCGUCCUCCUCAUCAUCAUAUGCGUCAACAUCAUCUUCCACACCAAGUGGCUGCCGAGACUUCCAACGUACUAGGUACGCUAAAGAUGGCAAAGGUUUCGACUUCACCUCGACAUACCCGUACAGUACGCCCGCCGCCGUAGUAGGGGCUGCCAGCACAGCAAUGCCCGUCGGCUGCCGCGACUUCAAGCUCCGCUAUGCAAAGGACGGCAAGGGCCAUGACUUCAAUCCCUCCUACAGCUAUCCACCGUCCACCGAGACUCUACCUCUUGUUGCCACGGCCGCUGUCCCUAGAGGAUGUCAAGACUUCAAGGCACUGCGCUAUGCCAAGGACGGGAAGGGGUACGACUUCUCAGCAUCGUAUCCUUAUGAUAAGAACUAAGGCAUGUCAUGGUCAUGGCCAUGGUCGGGCAAUGAUGUUGCUUUCAUAGCGAAGGCGUCCAGUCAGAUUGGCGUGAUAGGUUCUUGGGGCCGCAGGCGUUCGCUGACUCAGUCUUAUUUUGCCAAGGGCAACAGACAGUGGCUGGACUCGGCAUAUUUCACGAUUCCAUCGGUCACCGACGAUGUGGAUGCUGGCGAAGAGGACUUCAUGCCUGUCGAAGACAGUGCGAAGAAGGUACUCGUCAGGCAGCCGUCAUCAGCUUUGCAAUGGUUAUGCUUUCUUGUUGAAGGCCGUUUGGCUGUCAUCUUAUGUACGAGCAUCGAAGCACGAAUCGAAUCAGGAUUUACGAUUUCAUAGCAUUGGGUCCAGGUCACGCCUGGGGAUCCAUUUUAUCAGUUUGAGAGGA